AUGUCGAGAGGCUGCUGGGGCAGCUUCAACAUCGGCAGCGAUGUCACCUACACAUGGCCCAACACGGGCGUCACCCGCCGAUACAGCUUCGACGUGCAGCACACGGUACUGGCGCCCGACAGCGCCAGCAAGGCCAUGAUGACGGUCAACAAGCAGUAUCCCGGGCCAGCGAUCGAAGCCAACUGGGGCGACGACGCCGAGGUGCGCGUGUGCAACCGGCUGACGAGCAACGGCACGGGCAUCCACUUCCAGGGGCCGCGGCAGCUCAACAUCAACUACGCCGACGGCACUGUGUCGCAGACCCAGUGCGCGCUGGCGCCGGGAGACUGCCACACAUACCGCUGGAAGGCGACGCAGCAUGGCACGUCCAGCAGGAAAUAG